AUGUCACCGGUGUCGCCUUCGUUUAAACAUUUACAGCAACGUUUGCGAAGAUCGCUUUGUUAUGGAAGUCGUCAAAUGAAAUCAUUACCGCUUCCACUUUCCGAGCUUGCAAUGGAUUAUUUCGAUGAUCAUUGUCAUAUGAAUAUGGAUUUAGCGACGUCCAUAUCACGCCAUGGGUGCGUGAAUGCAUGUACAUUUCUAGUAGCAUUGGUAUAUCUUGAUCGUAUACGAACUGCUGAUAAAACUUAUUUUGAAUUUUCUAAUCCGGGCGAAUUGUAUCUUUCGACGCUUAUAAUUGCAAGCAAAUAUCUCCAAGAUGUUGGACAGCGAGAAUACAUUUACAAUGACGAGUGGGCUGCAUUCGCCAAUAUUUCUUUGAAACGAGUCAAUGAAGUGGAACUGAACGUUCUGGACGCUAUACACUGGAACACCAAUGUGAGUCAUGUGGAAUUUAUACGGUUAUUGGAAGAAGUAGAAACAUGGAUAGCAAAAGACAGUUUGAAAAAACGUGGAUUUUGUACAUAUAAUGAAAUAGCUAUACUUAUUUCGAGGAUCAGUUUCAUAUCUGAUUGCGUCAAACCUUUAUUGUUAUCAUUUGCUGCAUUUACUUUUGUUUAUUUUACUACAGUUAUCUCACUUUUUAUGUUCCCGAAAUUGGCGAUUUCAGUGAGCGUUCAACGCAACUUGGUAAGAAACGAUGGAUAUAUGCUGUUCAUCACUUUUGCCGUUAAUAACACUACGCAACAACGAAAAGCUGCUUUUUCUUUUCUACACGACAAUUUUUACGAAUGGCCCAUGGUCUCAGCGUGCUUUUCUCGCCUUAUUAAUGUCAAAUGUCACUAUCAAAUACAGUACAUUGUUCAAUCGGACUGCUUUUUGAGGAGAUAUUUUGUCGGUGUAUAA